AAAGCAUAAGACCACAGUGAAUAUAAGGGGAAUUACUGGCAAGAGAGCCCUAGACCAGCUUAACACCGAACCUAUUACUUUUCCAAGAUCAGAAAAAUAUUACACGAACAGGAACCAUUUCUCCAUCUCAUGCAGACAAGAAUUCAAGCUUUGACAUUGUGAACCACAGACCAGUUGGAGCCUGGCAUUGAAAGGAGGUGUUCUGCAUCGAUUUUUUUUUCUCUUGUUUAAAGAAGUUUACUUCUACAAGAGGGAAUCUGAAAAAUGACAGGGGCAAAAAGGAAAAAGAGAAGUGUGCUCUGGACCAAGAUGCAUACCCCACACUGUGAAGACUUUAAGCAGUGGUGUAGAAGGCGGCUGCCUAUUUUGGAAUGGGCAACACGUUACAAUCUGAAAGAAAAUUUGCUUCCAGACACCGUGUCUGGGAUAAUGCUGGCAGUUCAACAGGUGACACAAGGGCUGGCCUUUGCUGUCCUCUCAUCUGUGCAUCCAGUGUUUGGUCUGUAUGGGUCUCUGUUUCCUGCCAUCAUUUACGCCGUAUUUGGAAUGGGACGCCAUGUUUCCACAGGUACCUUUGCCUUGACAUCCCUAAUAUCAGCCAAUGCAGUGGAGCGGCUGGUCCCCCUGAGCAGCCAGAACCUUACCGCGCAGAGCAACACGAGUGUGCUGGGGUUAUCUGACUUUGAGAUGCAAAGGAUCAGUGUUGCUGCAGCUGUGUCCUUCUUGGGAGGGGUGAUUCAGGUGGCCAUGUUUGUGCUACACCUGGGCAGCGCCACGUUCCUGCUUACCGAGCCUGUGAUCAGUGCGAUGACAACGGGGGCUGCCACCCACGUCGUGACUUCGCAAGUCAAAUAUCUCUUGGGAAUGAAAAUUCCGUAUAUAUCUGGACCACUUGGAUUCUUUUACAUCUAUGCACAUGUCUUUCAAAACAUCAAGUCCGUGCGGCUAGAAGCCCUGCUCUUAUCUUUGCUGAGCAUCGUGGUGCUUGUUCUGGUUAAAGAGCUGAAUGAACAGUUUAAGAGGAAAAUUAAAAUUGUUCUUCCUGUCGACUUAGUUUUGAUCAUUGCUGCCUCAUUUACUUGUUAUUGUACCAACAUGGAAAACACUUAUGGACUAGAAGUAGUUGGUCAUAUUCCAAAAGGAAUUCCUCCGCCCAGAGUUCCCCCAAUGCGCAUCCUCUCUGCAGUAAUCACUGAAGCUUUUGGAGUGGCAUUUGUGGGCUAUGUGGCCUCACUAGCCCUUGCUCAAGGAUCUGCCAAAAAAUUCAAAUAUUCAGUUGAUGACAACCAGGAAUUGUUGGCUCAUGGCCUCAGCAAUGUGAUUUCUUCAUUUUUCUUCUGCAUACCGAGCGCUGCAGCCAUGGGAAGGACUGCCGGCCUGUACAGCACGGGAGCAAGGACACAGGUGGCGUGUCUGAUAUCUUGCGUCUCCGUCCUGAUGGUCAUCUAUGCAGCAGGGCCUUUGCUCUACUGGCUGCCCAUGUGUGUUCUUGCAAGUAUUAUCGUUGUGGGAUUGAAAGGAAUGUUAAUACAGUUUCGGGAUUUAAGAAAAUAUUGGAAUGUGGAUAAAAUUGAUUGGGGCAUCUGGGUCAGUACAUAUAUAUUUUCAAUAUGUUUUGCUGCCAAUGUGGGGCUGCUGUUUGGUGUUGUCUGUACCGUAGCUAUUGUGAUUGGUCGCUUCCCGAGAGCAAAAACUCUGAGUAUAAAAAAUAUGAAAGAAAUGGAAUUUAAAUUGAAGAGAGAAGUGGAUGACGAAACCGUGCAUCAGGUGAAAAUUAUCUUCAUAAACAACCCACUUGUUUUCCUGAAUGCAAAGAAGUUCCGUGCUGACCUGAUGAACAUAAUCCAGAGAGAAAACACCAGCAGCCAGCCACAUGAUGAGAUCAGCAAGUGUGAACAAAACACAUUGCUCAAUUCUCUAUCCAAUGGCAAUUGUAAUGAAGAAGCUACGCAGCCCUGCCUGAAUGAAAAGUGUUCUUUAAUCCUGGACUGCAGUGGAUUGACCUUUUUUGACUCUUCUGGAGUCUCCAUGCUUGUUGAGGUUUACACGGACAGUAACAGCAAGAGUGUGGAUGUGUCAUUCGCCCACUGCACAGCUUCCUUGAUAAGAGCAAUGAAAUACUGUGGGAACCUAGAUCCAGAGAAGCCAAUUUUUUUUGAAUCAGUGCCUGCCGCAUUAAGUAGCAUCCAUUCAAAUAAGAAAUGAGGAAGCUGAUGCCCCGGGAAGUUCCACCAUUUAGUUUGAGCAAACUCAGUGACCACAGUGAAAUCUGAGACUCUUUCCCUGCAAUACAUCUUUUUUAAGCAACUGCCCCGAAGAGGCCAUACUCAAGCAUUUUGCACAACCUUUUUGUUGUUUAGAUGCUACAAAUUGACCUCUACUUCGACAAAUGUGGUGUGACGUAGCAAUCACAUAACCACUGGUCAAGGUUUGCCGACAAUUUUAUCAUCUUUGUUAGUAAGCAGAUUCACUGUGCAGGUUAUUUUAGUUAUUUUAUAAUAAUCAGUAUACAUUUAGCUUUAGGUAAACAUGAAUUUAUUUCCUUUUUAUAGCACAGUAUUUUGUGUUGUUUUAAUUCUGUUCUGUUGUAAGUUAAUUUGUAAAUCUGAGAAAUACUUUAUCAUAUAACGAGAGAUUUAGAACAUUUGCAAGCCAUUUGUAAAAAUCCAGGAUCAUCCUUAACUAAUAUGUAAAAACAACUUAGCAGGUGGGCCAUUUUCCCUUACCAAAGAAAGAGAAGUCAUUAAACAUCAGUAAGGGUAAAUGUUACUUCAUGCAAUUGAUAUGAAAUUCACAGAAAAGUCAAACAAAAAGCAAAUGACAAACGAGAAACCACUCUUCUCCAUACCUUUCCGUGCACGGAAGUCUUCAGAAAUGCGUUGAAGAUAACCAGCAUCCUGUGAAACCAAGUUCUUGACGUUAGUCUGUUUUGCUGUGAAUGUUGGAAAUGCUUAGACUCUUCAGACCUUAUAGCCCUAAUUUCCACAUCCCACCCGACAAGAGUCUCUGUUUUCAGCUUAAGUUUUGUUGGAACGAGAGAAUGUGGAAGUUGCACAUUUUAUAUUUUUUCACAGAUACGAUCUUUAGAUGAAAAAAUACCCCUAGUAGAAUAGCUUUGUGCUAUUCCAACAUGGAAUUAGCUGUAGUAGGUUGGGACUUUCCUAUUUCAGAGAGAGAGUCAAUACAAUGUGAUACAAUACGUUAUCUCUCUCUAUCCCUGUAUAUAGACAGAUCUCCAGAGUACGAGUUUUUUUCCUUUUGUUAAAGGAGAGCUUGGAUAAGUGAUUAUUUGCAAACCCACAAAACCAACAGGAUAAUUGACAAACAUCACAGGCCAGACUGACCUGUAUAAAUGAUUGUUUUCAUGUUUCUACAUAUAUUUUCAAUCACAUACGAUUACACAGUUUCAUCUCUUUAGUUAGCAAUUUGAUUUACCUAUGAAAAAAAUCUCACUUUCAAAAACAGGUGUAGGCACAUGCUUUAGUUUUAAGGCAUUUUAACUCUUCUAGAAAUUACUAGUUAACAAAAAGCCAAGAACUUUAAAGUGAAUUUGAAAGUAGUUUGAAAACAAAAUAGAAGACUGCUAAUUUAGGUGUUUUUGUGGACAUCUGUAAGAGUAAAUGCUAAUGUCUGCCAAGUCGUAUAAUGGUCCCUAGUAAAUGUGUGGUAAACAUUUGUAUGGCCCUUAUUUUUACCAUUAAGUUCUAGGUAGACAAUGUAAUAACAUGAAAGGGGAGAAACAAAUAUUUCAAAUUCUUAUAACUUAUUUAGACAUUUCAAUUUUGAUUGACAUGAACUACAAAGAAUAGCGUUUGUCCCACAAGAAACCUCAAUCCCUUCAUCACUAAUUUGGAUUGAAAUAACUGAGGCCAACUUUCAUUCCCAUCAGAUACUGUUCCAAGAAAAGGUGGAGAUAAAAAUUAGAUUACCUCCUCUGUCUGAUUAAAUUAUUCCAAGGGUGGAUGGUGACAACAUUCACCAUCUCUAAUCCAUUGGUCAUUGGCACAUAAACAAGAGUCAAAGUUAAGAAGGAACAUGUACUCUGCUGUGUAUAAAUUGAUAUAUUUCUGGGCAACCGUGGCCUAUUAUUAAAUUCAUGCACUGUAGGCAUUUUCUAAUUUGUUAGCGAUUAUGGACUGUAGUUGGCAUGAAAAUCGUUAGUUAAUCAAUAGAUGAUUUCUUCUAUUUUAUUAUCCAGGUUGAGACACAAUUGUCUGAGAAGAUGUUUUUGAAUGCAUUUAGUGUUUAUAGUAGACAUUUAAUGGAUAAAACUUAAAACCCAAUAAGUCUGGUGUCAAAUGUUACUAUUAUUUUCAAAGUAAAGGAAGACCGAAGCAUGUACCAUAAAUAACCCUUUGUUCUAAGGCUCCGCCUCCGUACUAAGGUCACAGUAACUGUUGACCUGGAGAAACUCCCUGGAGUUGAGUCCUGAGAGCCCAAUAGCUAAACACGAGUUUCAGACACACGAGAUUCUAAGAUGUAAACAUUUAUUUCAAAACAGACAUUAGCAAAACCAGAACUGCAAUAUGGUCCUGAUGCUAGAAUGUUUCUAGUCAUGCUGAAUUGUUUUUAUGAAGAUUGCCUUACUUUUGUAUAUGACAAACUCCUUCCAUAUCCUUUACUAUGGUAAAGUAAAAUUGGGAAAAAUUAAAACUGACCUAUAAGAAUGUUACAGACUUAAUAGAGAGAUGUACAUAAAUUAACCAGAAAGUAUGUAACCUGGAAAACUGUUAACAUUACAUUUAUGCAAAUUAAGUGCCCUUGAAUUUUACCAUUUGUCUUCCAUUUUAAAGGUUAUUUGCCCCUGAUUAUAUGAUUCAAGUGUUAUAAAAUCUAGCUUGAACUACUUUGCAGUAAUUUAUUUGACAGAUCUCUAUUGUAUAAAUGCAUAAUGUAAUAAGGAAAGAGAUCUCUCUUUUUUAAUGAAAACAUUAAUGUGUUAAUACCCUCUGUGGAUAAUGUUUGACAUUUAAUAGUUACUGAAAUAUAUUAGUAUGUUGUUGAACAUACAAAAGCCUAGAAAGGCAUGUUCUGCAUUCUGUGGGAUGAUGAUCUAAUUCAGUAUAGAAUAUGCUUUUUGGCAGUGAUUUUGUUGUCAGAUUUUAAAUAGGGAAUUAAAUGAGGCUUGCACAAUCCAAAGAAUUUUAGAUAAAAAUCAGAUAGUCUAAUAUGCCACACUUAUAUUUUUAUAUUUUCAAUGUAUUUAAUUAUCUUUUAAAUAAUCCUUUGUACUGACUUAGCAUGUAACAACCAAUUUACAUGGAAAUAAACUGAAAUAUGAUAACUAUUA